GAGGAGCUCCUGAAGGCCUCAUUGAUUGGCACACCUGAGCAGAGCAGACACGAUCGAUACUUGUAACAAGAAGUGACGAAAAUGAUUUUGAAAAGUGUUGUUUGACUUCUGAAGGCAACCUGAAAUGAAAAGCAGGUGACUCUUUGUAUAUUUUCAGCCGUAAUGUUUAUACCUGUCAGAUUCAGGUUUUCAGCUUGAAAUGAAUGAGAUGGCUGAGGAACGGGACAGGUGUGACAACCAAAGUAGGUCUCUACCUGGUUCCAGCUCCCCUCUGUCGUCUCCCUGCCGUAGCUCCACCCAAACGUGGCUGCCAGUCGCAUCACCUCCGCGGCUUUCCUGGAGUGAUCGUGAGACGGAGCAGGAUGAAGACUCAGGGGACCGUCGUGCUGGGAUGCAGGCGAGUGAACUUCCUUUGUCUGGUCUCUAUGAGGAGCUCUUCUGUACCAGCCAGACUUCCAUCCCUCUGGUGCCUCUGGCCGGUGCCCUCAUGACCUCCUCCAGGCCGCAGAGCGACGUGGUGAAACAAGGUUACCUGGGGAAGCUGGAGCGAAACCACAGAAGAUAUUUUGUCCUGAGGGCAGGAAGUCACACCGGGCCGAGCCGACUCGAGUGGUACAAGAGCCAUGAGAAGUUCACAGCAAUGGAGAAGUCUGCUAAUAAAGCUGCGCUGUUUGGGUCCAGCAAGCAAGGGGUGAUUUACCUGAGGUGUUGUCUUGGUGUGAGCCGCAUUGGCAGUUCCAGAAAAGGCUACACGGUGGCGUUGUAUGCCAAGGAUCAGACAAUGGUGUUGGUCGUGGAGGACCAUCGGGAGCAAGAAGAGUGGUGCAUGUCCAUUAAGAAACUGAUGGAGGAAGAGCAGAAGGAUGAAGAUCAUGGAGAAGGGUUUGAUGAAGAGGAUGAUGGGUAUUGUACUCUGCCUCCUGCUGCCUUUUUCAAAGAGGUUUGGCCCGUCACAGUGAAGCCCAGAGGUCUGGGCCGCUCCAAGUCCCUGACGGGGGAGAGCCGGCUCUGCCUCACAGCUUCAGCUCUCAUCUUGAUCAGAGUGGGCGCGUGCAAUGAUUUGCCGUCUGUAUCGAUACCUUUGCUGAGUGUUCGGCGCUUUGGCCACUUGGAUGGCUCAUUCUUCUUGGAGCUUGGCAGGUCAGCACCGAACGGGCCUGGAGAGAUCUGGAUGGAAGCAAGAGACCAAGGAAACCCCGCACUGGCCCAGCACAUUCAUGAGGUGGUUCGGGAGACAGUAAGGGCUCUGCGAGCUCUUCCAGAUUUCAGCAGGUCACCAACCUCCAACCACACCAACCACAAUCAGCUUCAAACCCUUAUGGCCUCAAAACGCUGCAGACCCAAAUACAGAGACAAGCUGGUGAAUGUGAGACCUCUCAGUUUUUCCCUGGUCCUGCCCCCCAGGAACUCUGAAAUCCAGACUGGUACAACUCAAUGUAACCUAGAGCCCGGAAAACCAGAUAAACCUGAGCCUGAAUCUACUCUCAGCUUCACCUUGGAUCUCAGCCCCCAGAGCUCCAGGCCUGAGACUGGCAGCUACAUGGAAAUGAGGAUGGAUCAUCACCUCCCAGUCAACAAAGAGAGGGAAAACGACUGCAGCCAGACUGCCAUGGUGACAGGGGACCACUGCGGUGUUACACCCUGUAGGAUGGAGGGCUGGGAGCCAGGUGAACAGGAGGGGCCGGGGUACAUGAUGAUGUCACCACAGACCCGCCACAGUUCGUCUGUGCUGCCUCAGGAUGACUAUGUGACCAUGGCGAGCCCACAUAAACUAGGCUGGCCAGCCUACUCUUCCUCCUCCUCUUUGCUUCAUACAUCGUUCAACAGCUCCGCCUCUGACAGCUACUCUCCUCUGCACCCGUCACAUCAUCAGACCAAUGAGCACAGUCAGUCUCACUGGCUGGUGACUUCAGUCCAACAGUCACAAACAGAGGCUAGCCAAUCACAGAGGAGCAUCAGCUGCUCCGCUCGGCCACAGGAUGAUGCAAGGCAGGAGCAGAAAUUAUCCCAGUACAGACGACUCCCAUCACAGAGCAGGGUCACUUCUUCUCCUGUGGGGAGUGUUGAAGGGUCUGGACUGAUGACUCCGUUCUUCACAGAUGGACAAAGCUAUUCUAGACCAGUCCAGGCUAGUCCAAACUCUGGUUCAAGCCGGUCUAGAAGAAUGCAGGCUGCACCAGAACAGUCUUCUGUCAGAAGAUACCGACUGUCGUUGUGUCUGCCUUCAUGCCUGCAAGCUGAAGACAGAUCCUGAAUGUGUGUAAUAAUUAAAUGUCUCCCCAAUAAUCCGAACUGGAGCUACUAAUUUAUUCUGGUGCAGCAGGUGACUGAGGUCACUGGCCACAAAAAGUAAAACUUACUGUACUGAGCUGAUAUAAAAUAUUGUAUUUAAUGUGUCAGUGAGACUUUAAGGUCUCAAAAUUGCAUAUUAUAUGUUUGAGAAGAAUGAAGUAGUCUCUGUAGACAAAUUAAGUCUCCUAUAUGUGUCUGUAAAUGCACUCGGUCAGACUUUUUGUCUGGUUUUUCUUUUGUUGCAGUUUGUUUCAUAAAACCUGGACUUUGGGCCUAAACCACACAGCACCUGAAGAUGUUGCACUGUUAUAUGAAAUAAUUAAACAAUAAAGUCACGAGAAUGCA